GAGGAGGAGGAGCGGAGUUCGGAUACAUCGGUCGAGCCGUGCUGCCGCGUUUCACUCGAGUCUGCCACCGCAAGUUCCCAGACGAAGUUUCUCCUCCUCCCGAAGAAGUCGCGGAUUAGCUGGAACAGCGAUGGAGCUCUGGGCCGCCCGGUUCUGCUGUGCUCUGUUGGGCCUCUCCGCAGGUUUGGUCUCAGCUCUAGAGAUCACGUCUACAGGGCCGACAUCCAUAGAGAAGGCCAGUGGUGAGAGUGUGAAGCUGGACUGCCAGUUUACUCUGGGCCCUCAAGACUCUGGACCGCUGGAUAUUGAAUGGAGCAUGCUGUCUUCCGACAACCAGAAUGAGGACAAAGUGGUGAUCCUGUACUCAGGCGACAGGGCCUAUGAGGACUACUAUGCACCCAUGAAGGGCAGAGUCCACUUCAACUCAGCCGACCCCAAAAACGGCGAUGCCUCCAUCAACCUGACGGGGCUAAAAUCGACCGACUCGGGCACCUACCAGUGUAAGGUGAAGAAGGCUCCCGGUAUCCGCAGCAGGAAGAUGCUGCUGAUCGUCAUGGUGAAGCCAAGCAAGCCCAGUUGCUACUCUGAAGGCCCCACACAGGAAGGCAAAGACAUCACGCUGAGGUGCAAAUCCAGCGAGGGCACCAACCCCCUGCAAUACACCUGGGAAAAGAUCAGUGACAGCAAGCUGCUGCCUGCCUCCACUGUGCUGGACCCAAUGGGAGGGACGAUUAAUGUGAAGAACGCAUCUACCAGCGCAUCGGGCACCUACCGCUGCACCGCCGGCAAUCGUGUUGGCACUGAGGAAUGUAUACUACAUCUCAAUGUAACACCUCCCCCCAACACUGCAGGCAUCAUUGCAGGAGCCAUAAUUGCUGUUCUCCUGAUCCUCAUCAUUAUUGCCAUCAUCCUCUUCUGCUGUUGCCGCGCUCGUCACAGGAAGAAGUAUGAGAAGGAGAUCUGCAACGAGAUAAGAGAGGACGUGCCCCCUCCUAAGAGCCGUGUUUCAACAGCGCGCAGCUUCACGGUGGGCAGCCAGCGCUCCUCCCUGGGCUCCAUGUCGCCUUCCAAUCUGCACGAGUAUGCCCUGAAGCCCCAGUACGACAAGAUACCCUCAUCUGAAGAUUUCGAGAGGCCACCAAGCCACGCCCCUCUGCCCCCGCCCUCCGGUGCCAGGAUGGCCGGCCCAAACCUCAGCCGCAUGGGAGGAGUCCCCGUCAUGAUCCCUGCCCAGAACAGGGACGGCUCAAUCGUCUAGCGUGUCCUCUUCUCAGGAAGGGACCGUGUAACAUGGUGAAGGAAACGGAGGAAGGCAGUAGGACACAAUCCAAUAAAGAUGGAGCAAAGACCUGGGAUGGGCUGACUCACCUGACUCGUAGCCUUUUCAUUAUUUACACUUGGGAGUAUACUCCUCAUAUGAAGACCUGGCUCUGCUGUGGUGCUGAGAUGAGAAAUAGAGUUGUACUGGAAUCACAACAGAGCACAUUAACUUUUUAUCAAAUAUAAAUACAAAAAAAAAACUUGUAUGAAAUUCCCUUCCUGGACUGUCUCACAGAAAAAUGAAUUAGUGUGGAUAUAAAGAAGAAUGGUCAUUAUACAAAUGAUAUUGUACAUAAGUGAAUGCAUGUCUUUUUUUUUUUAAAUAUAGUUGGCCCUUACUGUAGAAAUUAGAACCAGGCUCCUAAUUGACCAGCUGUACAGCUGUAUGCAUGCAUGUGUGUAUAACAUUUGCAGCAGUAUGUGCGCGUGAAUAUAAGUUUAUGUAUGUGAAUGGGAGUUGGGAAAAUACAUAGUUCAUUUAUUGUUUUUAAAUGAUGACAUGAAAUGAUCAUUUGUCAGGUGAUCCAGUCUUUACAAGUUCUGACAUUUUUUAAAUUACAUUCAUUUAUUGUAAGAGGAGAUGACCUAUGGAACAUUGAAAGACCAACCACAUUUGAAUCAAUCUUUCUACUAGUUGAAAACAGUCUACUUAGGUCAGCCGUUUUCUGCUCUGCUCUGCUCGCGUUUGAACUGUUUGAAUUGUCCAGUCAGGGUUUAGGUGGGGGCCUAAGGAGACAAAGAUUGGCUGGAGGGGAGUGGGAGGUUCAAGCCACCACAUCUCGUGAUUGGGUGGAUUAUUGCCUCUUCACCAAGCUUAAAAAACAAUAAAAGACCAGUGUCCAUCCCCCGUCACUCCUCCAGAGGGGGUGGUGUAUUUGGAAAUAACGGGCAGCUGGACAACAAGGUUCACUGAGCAAUCAGCUUUGAUUGUGUUUGACUGUCAACAGGCCCCUAACCCCAAUAGCCCCACCUUAAUAGCAGAACAAGAGCACCAGCUCUUAAUUCGUCACAUGUAGUAGCAGUCGCCCCCUUCAGAGGUGCUGCAUAUUUAAAACUCGCAGACGCAUUACAAGGAGCCGAUAUCCUGAUUAGCCCCUCUCUCCGUGUUCAAAAUGAAGCCUGUCAUGGCCUCUGUGGUGUUAAUUGGAUGUUUUAAUGAAGGAUGUAGUGACCGCUUGCGUGAAGAAAAGUCCCCACAAAGAGGAACAAUUGAUGAUGAGGCUUAGAAAGUGUCUACACUACAGCCACUACGAGCUGGACAGUCUAAAUGUUCAUUCAGGCGACCAGGGGAACUUACCAUAGGCCCGGUCUUUGCAGUUUGUUGGUGAUGCUACUCUUAAACGAUGAAAAAAAUGUUUAGAAGCCCAACAUCUCUUGUCUGCUACUUGACAAAAAAGAAGAAGCACUAAGUCUACUCGGAAUGAGCAAACUGUCUCAUUUUGCUCCGACGCCUUAUUCUAUUCCUUCUUUUAGCUUAACGCACCUCCCCUUAGUUCCCCUCUGCACUGCCUCACAGCUGGAUUCUAAUGACUUCCAUUGUGCCUUGUUGCCCCUGUUGAGUUUUGCCAUAGCAUGUCAGUGUUGCACUGUGCUAUGUGCAGUAGCGUCGUGCUAAAUGAGCACCGUAGACCACAGCCUCUAGAACAAUACAGUAAUCAGUGAGCAAAUUGGUCAGUCAGGUCGAGUAUAGGAUUUCCCUCAGCUGCUCGCCUCAUGCUAAUUCACCCAGAGUUCAACAAAUCUUUUUUAUUUUGUAUUUCAAACAUCACUUCUUUUUUUUAAAACAACUUUAUUUAAACCCUGGUAAUUGGUAUGCUUUUUUAAUUGAAUCAUAAAUGGUUCUGGCUGUACGUAUACAUAUUCUUUCAAAGUAACCCCAUCUGAUAUGAAGAUAUUCUGCCGUGCUGUGCUUGGCACAUCUAUAUCUAAAGCAGAAGAGGAGGGUUUUGUCAGGACAAUCUGGACACUCCCGGGUGUGAUUGGGAAUUUCUGGCAGUGCGAUUGAGAGUGUGAAUUCUGGCAUCAUGCAAGGGAACGUGAGAGUUUUAGAAACGGAAUUGAUGUUGCACCUGUUUUCUGUCACCAAGAAAAGUGAGACCUGGGCCUGUUUACACAAUUAACUUACAUCUUUCAGUUCCCUUUUAAACACUACUCCGUGUGUGAGUGUGUGUGUGUGUGCGUGUGCGUGUGCGUGCGUGUGCGUGCGUGUGUGCGUGUGUGUGUGUGUGUGUGCGUGCGUGCAGUACAUGGAGGGAGUUUACUGUCAGAAUGGGCCCCUGUAGAAAUCCUGUUACUGUCACUAUAUGCUCAGAAUAUUAAUUACAACAACUACUAACAAUAUUAACUGUAGCUUUUUUAAUUUGCGUACUAAUAUUGUAUGAAGAUCUUCGGGGUUUGCACACUGAGUGAAAACCAUUCUUUUUUUUCCUCUUUUUGUGUGUAUUUUUUUGUGCUGUAUUUUUGAAUAAUAAAAGUCCAUGAAAAAAAUA